UCGAUCACGGCCGUGCGCGCGACGGAGGUGUUGAACGGCCACGGCACGCCCGCCCUCGAGGUCGAGGUCGAGACGCAGCAGGGCAAGUUCCGGGCCAUCUCCGGCCUCGGCCCCUUCGACGACGACGAGGACCGCCACGGCGGCUUCGGGCUCAAGAAGGCCGCGGACAGCGUCAAGGCCGUGCUCGCCGACAAGCUCGUCAACGUCGACGUGACGAACAUGGAGGCCAUCGACGCCCUGCUCCUGGGCGAGGACGCGCCGGCGAACGCGGUCCUCGCGCUGUCCGUGGCGUGCUGCAAGGCGGCCGCGCGCCACGGCGGGCUCGAGGUCCACGAGCACGUCGCCGCUUUGGCCGCGUCGGCGGGCGGCGUGCUGCCCAUGCCCACGGUCGCCGUCGUCAACGGCGGCUCCUACGGCACGUCGACGAGCUGCCCCUUCGAGGAGGUGUCCGUCGUGCCCGUCGCCGCGCGGUCGCUCGAGGACGCGCUCGAGGUCUGCGCGUCCGUGUUCCGGCGGAUCCCCGAGGCCUGCGCGGCCGCGGGCCUGCCGAAGCCGGGCCUGGGCACGCGGGGCGGCUACGCCGUCGAGGUGGCGACGCCCGGCGACGCCGUCAAGGUCGUCCACGAGGCCAUCAAGCUCGCGUCCGCGGAGGAGAGCGUGAAGAUCGCGGUCGACGUCGGCGCGCCCGCGUACGCGAAGCAGCACGAGGACGAGGAGGAGACGACGGUCUAUGAUUUGGCCCACUUCGAGGGUCUGGAGACGCCGCCGCCGCCCAAGUCGGCGGACGAGAUGGUCGAGGCGUACUUCGACCUGCUGCUCAACUACCCGGUCAUCGGCCUCGAGGACCCGUUCCUCUCCAAGGACAUCUUCGCGUUUUUGAAGCUGAAGGAGCGCCUCGACCUCGAGGCGGCGCGGGCCGCGGAGCCCACGGACCUCGUCGGCGACGUCGUCUGCGAGAACACGGACGACAUCGACAAGUACGACGAGCAGAAGACGAUCAACACGCUCUGCCUGACGCUGAGCAAGGGCAAGACCGUUUCCGGGGCCAUCGACCUCGUCAAGGCCGCGCGGUCCAAGGGCUGGGGCGUCGUCGUCUCGGCGGAGACCGCGCGGCCCGAGAGCGACGACGCGUUCGCGGCGCACUUCGCCGUCGGCGUCCGCUCGGGCCAGUUCAAGGCCGGGGGGCUCGGCGGCCUCGAGCACGCAAACAAGUACAACGAGCUCCUCCGGAUAGCCGGCGAG